UCGUCCGAUCUUGUUAUCUCGGUUUGUUAUUAUCGGAAAUUCCGCCUUCUGCAAUUGAAGUGAAAAAAAAAAUUCUGAAGAGAUGUGUCGAAUUACUUGUAUAGUCCUAACCAUUUUACUUACAGUUAAUGAUGCGGUGUCAUGGAAACAUUUUUGGCGAGGAAAAUGGAUUCAGCGAAGAGUCGAACAAGCGAAUCAUUCCCAUUUUCCAACUGAUCAGUGGUUCGAACAAAAACUCGACCACUUUGACGUUGUUAACGCGAUAACAUGGAAACAGAGAUACCAUACCAAUGACACCUUCUUUGGAGGAGAUGGACCUGUUUUUCUUAUGAUUGGAGGUGAGGGGGAGGCUACUCCAAAAUGGAUGAGACAGGGCAUGUGGAUAGAAUGGGCUGGGAAGUUUAAUGCCCUAUGUUUUCAGCUUGAGCAUCGAUACUAUGGAAAAAGCCAUCCAACAAAGAACAUGAGCACCAAAAAUCUUAAAUACUUGAGCAGUGAACAAGCUCUUGCAGAUUUGGCCUAUUUUAUAGAAGGGAAAAAGGAAGAAAUGAAGCUGCAUCAUAACAAAUGGAUUGUAUUUGGUGGUUCUUACCCAGGUUCAUUAGCAGCUUGGUUCCGAUUAAAAUAUCCCCAUCUUGCUUAUGGUGCUGUUGCAUCUAGUGCACCUCUCUUUGCAAAAAUAAAUUUCAAAGAAUAUCUGGGUGUUGUAACUAAGGCAUUGCAGACCACACAACAAAGCUCGCAAUGCACUGGCGCUAUUGAGCAAGCAACCACUGCCCUCGAGGACGAAAUUCAGUCAACCCGUUGUUGUCAAACAUUGGAGAAACUUUUCAGCUUGUGUGAUCCGAUCGAUAUCACAAACAAGCUGGAUGUCGCAAACUUAUUUGAAACAUUGGCUGGUAAUUUUGAAGGUGUUGUCCAAUACAAUAAAGACAAUCGGGAUUCCAAAGGGGCAAAUAUUACGAUGGACGUCCUUUGUGAUACGAUGACUGAUCCUAAACUCGGUUCUCCACUUGCACGUUAUGCAGCAGUCAAUACCAUGUUAUUGGAGGCUACAGGGGAGAAAUGCCUCGACUUUAAGUACAAUAAAAUGCUUAAAGACAUGCGUUCUACCGAUUGGAACAGCUCAGCUUCUGAAGGAGGUCGCCAGUGGACUUACCAAACCUGCACCGAAUUUGGUUAUUACCAAUCAUCAGACCUUGCAGAUCAACCAUUUGGGAAACGAUUUCCCAUCGAAUUUUCUAUCCGACAGUGCAGUGAUAUAUUUGGACCGAAAUUCAGUCAUAACCUUCUCAAAAACGCCAUCGCUCGAACCAAUUUCAUUUACGGUGGACUGGGUUUGAAACUAGAUCGAACUGUUUUUCCUAAUGGUUCUGUGGAUCCUUGGUCUGCUUUAGGGAUCACUAGCAACACAACGGGAAAUGUAGCCAUCUUUAUUCAAGGCACCGCUCAUUGUGCUGAUAUGUAUCCGCCGUCACCCAAAGACUCUCCCGAACUUACGUCAGCAAGAAACGUUAUUGAAAGCCAUCUGAGUUCUUGGGUGUCAAAUGAAAAGGCUUGAAUCUCAUUACUGACCAAUUGUUAAGAACCAACGCUUCCUUUCCUGCUAAAUAAAUCGAUUAGCAACACA